GCGAGAGGAGGCGCCUGGCGCUAACAAAAGUCCGGCCCGCGGGCGAGCGGCGCCGGGUCGCGAGUCUCUGCUCGCUCGGGGCACCCGCAACAAGUGGCCGCCGCGCCCUCCCCGGGGAAGCCGCGGGCGCGCAGGGGCGCCGGGAGGAGGCGGCCGAGCCGGGGGAGCCCCGGCCGCCCGCGCGGCUCAGCGCCCACCGCAGAGGGAUCGGGGCGGGCGGAUGGGGACCCGGCGGCGGCGGCGCGGCGAGCCUCUGGGCGGCCCCGGGGCGCGGGCUCUCCGCGGCGCGGCGCCCGCUGGCCCGGAACGCGGAUUCUAAGAGCGGCGGCCGCCCCCGGCCCCACCCGGAGCCAUCGGGGGUGCCAGGCGGGGACGCAGCGCCCCCUCCCACCGGAGUGCAAGGGGCCGCCCCCGGCCGGAGCCUGGCCCCGGAGCGUGGGGUAUGCGCAGCUAACGGUCCCGUCGGGCGGGCUUUCCUCUGGCGGAGCGCGCAGGCGGUGCGCCCCAGCUAUGGAGUGUCCGGGGAGACGGCGGGCAUGACGGCGGCAGGAUGGGCGCGAACAAUGGCAAACAGUACGGCAGUGAGGGUACAUUAGGUGACGUGGUCGAGCAGACGACAUUUGGACGAAAUUUGUGUGAAUGGAAUCACGCUGGAGAUGACCUAAAGGAGAAGGGUGUUCUGAGCGUUUUGGAUGAGAUGUCCCCUGCCACUUGCCAUAUGGUUUAGCGGCUGCCCUCAGAUGCCAACAGGCAAAGGCAGCUCAAGCAUCUCAUCCGACGUGAGUUCAAGUACAGAUCACACGCCGACCCAAGCCCAGAAGAAUGUGGCUACCAGUGAAGACUCCGACCUGAGCAUGCGCACCCUGAGCACGCCCAGCCCGGCCCUGAUAUGUCCACCGACCCUGCCCGGAUUUCAGAAUGGAAGGGGCUCGUCCACCUCGUCGUCGUCCAUCACCGGGGAGACGGUGGCCAUGGUCCACUCCCCGCCCCCGACCCGCCUCACCCACCCGCUCAUCCGGCUCGCCUCCCGACCCCAGAAGGAGCAGGCCAGCAUCGAGCGCCUCCCGGACCAGGCCAUGGUGCAGAUCUUCUCCUUCCUGCCCACCAACCAGCUGUGCCGCUGCGCGCGCGUGUGCCGCCGCUGGUACAACCUGGCCUGGGACCCGCGGCUCUGGAGGACUAUCCGCCUGACGGGCGAGACCAUCAACGUGGACCGCGCCCUCAAGGUGCUGACCCGCAGGCUCUGCCAGGACACACCCAACGUCUGUCUCAUGCUGGAAACCGUAACUGUCAGUGGCUGCAGGCGGCUCACGGACCGAGGGCUUUACACCAUCGCCCAGUGCUGCCCGGAACUGCGGCGCCUGGAGGUCUCGGGCUGUUACAACAUCUCCAACGAGGCGGUCUUCGACGUGGUGUCCCUGUGCCCCAACCUGGAGCACCUGGAUGUGUCAGGGUGCUCCAAAGUGACCUGCAUCAGCUUGACCCGGGAGGCCUCCAUUAAACUGUCCCCCUUGCACGGCAAACAGAUUUCCAUCCGCUACCUGGACAUGACGGACUGCUUCGUGCUGGAGGACGAGGGCCUGCACACGAUCGCCGCGCACUGCACGCAGCUCACCCACCUGUACCUGCGCCGCUGCGUGCGCCUCACCGACGAGGGCCUGCGCUACUUGAUGGUCUACUGCGCCUCCAUCAAGGAGCUGAGCGUCAGCGACUGCCGCUUCGUCAGCGACUUCGGCCUGCGCGAGAUCGCCAAGCUGGAGUCGCGCCUGCGGUACCUCAGCAUCGCCCACUGCGGCCGCGUCACCGACGUGGGCAUCCGCUACGUGGCCAAGUACUGCGGCAAGCUGCGCUACCUCAACGCCCGGGGCUGCGAGGGCCUCACGGACCACGGCGUGGAGUACCUCGCCAAGAACUGCGCCAAGCUCAAGUCCCUGGACAUCGGCAAGUGCCCGCUGGUGUCCGACACGGGCCUGGAGUGCCUGGCCCUGAACUGCUUCAACCUCAAGCGGCUCAGCCUCAAGUCCUGCGAGAGCAUCACGGGCCAGGGCCUGCAGAUCGUGGCGGCCAACUGCUUCGACCUGCAGAUGCUCAACGUCCAGGACUGCGAGGUGUCCGUGGAGGCCCUGCGCUUCGUGAAGCGCCACUGCAAGCGCUGCGUCAUCGAGCACACCAACCCCGCCUUCUUCUGAGCGCGCGUGGCGCGCGCCGCACGGACCCCACGAACCCCUUUCUAGAAAGCAGCGUAUGUAAGCACCGACCGCCGCUCGCUCGUAACGGCUCUUUCUUCCUGGAAGGUUCUUAGGCAUCCGGCUUUUCUUUCUCCCUAUGUCUGGCGGGCCCACAGGGGUCAAGGGAAGGAAGGGGGAGGG